ACUAUUUCUUAACCAAGGAAAGAUUUAAAUGAGAAUGCCUCGGUGAAAGUGGCAUACAUGUACUGAUAAUCUCCUGCCCAUGCAGAGAAAAUCCAAAAUAUCAGCCUCAAGGAAGCUGAUGUUGAAGAGCCUGAUGGUGGCAAAGGCCAAGGAGGAACUGGAGCAGGAGAUUCUUGUCAAAGAAGAAGAAAAACAGAAGUACCUUGCAGAGAAAGCGCCUCCUCUGAACACCGGUGGUUUCAGUCUUGCUCAACUUCAGGAUCUCUGCAGAGAGCUCCACGCAAAGAUCGAUGUGGUUGAUGAGGAACGAUAUGACAUUGAGGCCAAAGUCAUGCUUAACACACGCGAGAUUAAAGACCUCAACAUCAAAGUUCUAGACCUCAGGGGGAAAUUCAAGAGGCCUAAUCUUAGACGAGUCCGUGUCUCUGCUGACGCCAUCCUUCGCUCACUGCUGGGCUCCAAGCACAAAGUGUCCAUGGAUCUUCGAGCUAAUCUCAAGUCAGUCAAGAAAGAAGACACUGAGAAGAAGAGGCCAGUGGAGGACAGCGACUGGAGGAAGAAUGUGGAGGCCAUGUCUGGGAUGGAGGGAAGGAAGAAAAUGUUUGAUGCUGCUAAAGGUUCUGCUCAGUGAAGACAGAGCAGAACCUGUCUUCUUAAUGGCUGUUGUUGCUCUGCUGCUGUUUUGUGUUGCCUAUUUUGUCUCCUUCUAUCCACUCAUCAAGGUUUUGCUUUUGAUUUGCAUUUUGCUUUGUUUUUAUUUUUUCCUGCAAUGGAAACUUUUCAACAAAUAUUUCUAAAAAUGAAAUAAAAAUUGUGUUUUUGAAAAUGUGCACCACACUCAAAUGAAGCGAGUGAUCAUGCAAAUUGAACCGCGUGCUUGAUGUGGCGUCUUCAAAACUAUAUCUAUCUGCGGUGGGUUUGUGACCUGUAAUGCAAUGUUUUAAAGGAAUAAAAAAAAGUACACAAAUGUGCUCUAUUCAACAUGGAA